AUGGUGACGCCACGCCCCAUUGCAGUGGCCUGUCCGACGCCCGCAGUAACGAUCGCACCAGGGCUCCUCAGUCGAGAUGUCCGCCGAGCUGUUGGCCUCGAUCGCGUUCUGCCGACUGAUGCGUCGGCAUCACCUGCGCGACCGGCUCUGGAUGAACCUAACUACAGCAGAGACCGUCCUUCAGGGAGACCGCGGUGUCAAGACGACGCGUCACACAGAAACUGGGAAACUCCAGUCGACACAGAACCCCCGAGAGGGCGUGACCGUAGCCAGUUUGGGGAUUCUCCAGCGACUUCAGGCUCGAACGCAGCGCUGGCCAACCUGUCGUCGGGAAACGCCGCCGCGGAUCCGGUGGCCCCAUGGCGGAAGGCAGCGGCAGGCGUUCCCGUUUUUUCCUCCCUGGGGUCCUUCAGUACAAACACAUCGAACCAGAGACAAAGCCACCAGGAGUCCGGAGAAGAUCGUGGCACAGGACCAGAGGUAGCUGCGUCUUUCGAAGAGACUGGGAGAGGAGCGACGACGUGUGUGUUUGCCUUCUACAAACGCCUCGUCGUAGGGAUCAGCUGGCUGGCAGCGCCUGCAGACGUCCGAGCCGCGUAUCUUUCACAGUUCGUGGGCCUCGCGGAUCUCAAACUUUACUUCUGUCCGUACGCCAAUCAGUCAUCGGAGGCAUCUCCGACGAGCUGGACAGACCUUUGGCUCUUGCUGCGGAACAACGAGAAGUCUCUCGAACGCCUUUCUCUUGUCAGUCUUCCCUAUGAGGCGAAGCUGUUUAUGAAACCGAGGCGCAGUGCACAUGCAGAACCUGAUCAACCUCCUGCGUCCGUUCCAUCUCAGCAUAACACCCCGUCGAUGUCUACACAGCUGCGCCGAGUAGCGCGCGGUGCCUCUCGCCAGUCUGUCUCUGCAAUGGGUCGUGACCUAGGCGAGAGCUCCGCACACACAUUUGUGGAUGAAAUGUUUCGAAGGGAAACACGACGAGCACCGGGGACACGCGGGUCGCUGCAUCCAGGUACUCUGUACCAAGGGGAAGGAGGCUCCACGCAGGCUGUUUCCGGCUGCUUUCCCCAUCGGCCAGGCACAACCGUUUAUCUCCAGGCGCUGCGUGAAUUCUCUAUCGUGGGGUCUGCAACGUCCUGUCUCGUGACUCUCGACGCUGUGCAGCCUCUUCUCCCGCACUCGCUGGAAAGUUUCUCGCUCCACGGAAACCUUCCGCGUACUCUACCUGGUCCAUUGUUUGGGACAGAGGAAGGUGACAGGAUCAGAAGCUCUCGCGCGGGCCCCGGAGGAACAGGUGCGCUUGCAUCGAGAGCGUUCCAGGGGUUUGGAUUGCCUGGCUCAGUCCGAAGGUUUUUCGGCUGGGAGGGAUCCGAAAACGUAGAUCUGGAUGAGUCCGACGAAGGAAAAGAGGAUGAAGCGCAGGUGGUGCUAAGUUCCCUGGAGGGAGUGGGAGACGACGCGACGUGGCAGCUGGAGGUGAGCCGGGAGGUACUGCUCCGGAGUGUGAUGAUGAUGCAUAAUCUGACGGUCUUGGACAUACGUUUGCCCCCGGCGCUAGAUCGCUUUUCCUUCCGUCUCGUUCCUUCCCUUGUGCUGAUGUGCACACGGCUCCGGCAAGUGACCCUGGACUUCCGCCAGCUCGCAGAACUCGUCGAUGUGAGUGUAUUGACAGCGAGCGUCGUAACGGAGCCCUUUGGAGUGACGCCUUUGUCGCCCAGUUACCGACUGCGAUCGGACCCAGAAGCUGCAGAGGCACGUGGCAGCUCUGGUGCCGGCGAAACGCCUGCCUGGGGAGGGGUACAAACGCUUCUGCCGAACCUCACGGAGGUCGUGCUUCGGGAGCCGUUGCAUGUAGGGUGGGCCGUCGAGGAUGUCGCUCGACUCAUGGGGGUUCUUCUUGCGCUGCCUCAGUGCAGAAUCAUCGCGUCUGCUCUUGUCCUGCACCAGCAUCCCCUACUAGGCGCCUUUCGUCCUCUUCCGCAAGCUGUGACUGAGCGAAGGCAAAAUGCGAGCUGUAGGGGUGGGACCGAUCUCCCCAGUACUGACCGUGCGCUAACAAGUCAAGAGGGAAGAGAGUUAUCGGGUCCACCCCGUGAGCGAGAGGAUGUGGAGCUUGAUAUGUCGGCCGUCGGUGAUCCUUCAAGGCGAAGCACGGAAAGCUCCGGAGACGGCGAGUCGGAGAGUGCGCAAGAGACCGAGGAGGCAUUACGGCGGGAGAUCGACGAUCCCGACGACUCCGCCGAGGGAAGUGGUAGACUUCACCUGGAAGCGGAGUGGGAGGAAGGAGAAACGGGGGAUGGCCUGAUAGUUGGCAGAGCCCAGUAUGUUGCUUUGCUUCGGCAGGUCAUUGAACAUUUGGCUCCUAAUGUCUGUAGUCUUCGUGUCCGAUACACAUCGGCCAGCACUUGUGAUCUGCCUCUAUCAAUGAUUUCCUUUCCGCUCCUGCAGGAGCUGGUUCUGGACAACUAUUGUCCGGACGCUCAUCUCGAAAUCGACAAGAUUGUUGUUCCGCGAACACACACCGUCACUGUGGGUCUAAACGGGUACCACGUGGAUCCUACUCGUCUGUACAAGUUCGACCGUUUCAACGGGGAAUACUGGCAGCAUGGCAGUGUCGAUGCUUCGCCUUCUCAAAAGUCGUACCUCCGCCUUUUCCGUGCUCUCGAGCCUGUUUCGUAUUAUUUCAAGGGGCCGGAAGACGUCCUUUUUCUCCUUUCUCUAAACGAAGAUGUGGCAGCGGAAAUCCGUAACUCGCCUCCGCCAGUGUCUGACGACAUCUGGACUGCCACCACCACGUCCCCAGCAAACAAUGUACCUGUCUGUACCGAGCCGGUCGCAGACUGUCCUGGGCGCCUAUCGCUUUCUGUCACCGUAUCGGGAAGGGAUUUGCGAGACAGCGCCAAGGCCAUUCUGGCUGAAGCGGAGCGAUGCAUGAAGGAGCAGGAGGAGAGGGAGGAAGGGUCAGAGGACGCGUUAGGCGGCAAUAGCUGCAAGCGGCGCUUGAACUUUGUGGGCCUUAUCAUCGUCGAUCUCGACAUGCAUGCGUCUACCACCGGUGCUUCUGCGGAAGUUAUCGCAGCGGCUAUGCGACUAACGGAUGAACGAUUUGGGAAACGUCUCAGAAAAAGCGAGGGAUGCGGAGUUCGCACAUCUAUGUCCUCGACAGUGCAAGAAGGUCCGACAGGUCUCCGUCGUCCCCUCCACCCAGCGUGCAAUGCGUCUACCGCAGCUGGUGAGACCGAGCGCGCUGGUCCGUAUUCGACUGAGCUCCCCAGUAGAGGCUUGCACGUCCCCGCAGUGGAAAAUCGGCUAAAUAAUUGCAGCAUACCGGGAGUUUCGGCCGGUACCACGCAGAUCCGCUACAGUAGGCAGCAUCCGUUGUACCUUUUAGAUGACCAGACCCUCCAUGUUGCACUAGCUCCGUCGUCACGAUUCCUCGUCACACGGUGCGGGUUCACAGAAGCGCGCGAUGACGGGGCUCCGGGCGCUUCUGAUGCUUUUGGAUCGAGUGGCCGCAGACUUACAAAGCUCGGUUUCGCGUGCGAGCGAGUGAAACUCUCAGAACUGGGCCGGUGA